AUCAUUCUCAAACAUUCCUGCUCAUUGCUAAAUAUUGUUAGCUACUGCGAGCUAUUGUCAGUUACUGUUCAACUAUUUUGAAGUUUAUUAGUGGAGUUUUUGGCAUUUCCACAUUUCCACAUUAGUAUUCUUCAUGGCCACUAUAAUUUUAAAAACUGAAAAUUUUUAAAAGUUUUGAGCUAUCUCCAGUUGAUUGCAUAGGAAAGUAUCAGAAAUUAAACGUAAAUCAGCAUUCAGUUUAUUCAACAACAAUGUUGAGAUUCAAGAACCAUUUGAGUGAGAGGAAAAGAAAAAAAGUUUGUUUCGCGGAAAAGAUGCAAACUUUAAGUUUUUUAUUUAAAGGCAUCGAUGAGAAAGCAGUGUAAUAUGAAGUGGAAAUAGGUGAUAGGUAAGUUGGUUAUGACAAUGGUAGAGGAUAACAGCAAAGAAGACAGAUCUGUGUGUUUGACAAAAUUAGACUACAAAAGUCUUCAAAAAGAUGAGAUUAACUCAAUGCUAAAAAAGUACAACGAACCGGUGCAGAAGACUGAUGAAGAUGAUCUUGAUGUUUUGAUUCGACUACUAAAAGCAGAGAAAACACAUAAAAGGCAAGAGAGGAUAACAAGAUAUUUGCUAAAAGAGGGUUCGAUAUACAGCUCGAUAAAUUUCAAAUUGAAUAUCAAUGACGUAAGUCGAGAAGACUGCAUUGAUAAGAUUUACAUUCAAAUGAGAAGAUACAUUAUCUUUUUGGUAAAGCAAUGGGAUAUGAAGAUCGAGGAGAAUUUGAGUGAUCUUGUUAGGAAAACCAACAAUGAAAGUGACAAUUUAACAAUUGAGAAGGUAGAGGAAGAGAAGAAAAUGGUAGUUGAGACGAAACGAAAUUUGGUGCCAUUGUUGGUGCAGCUACGCAAAAAAACAUUGAAGAAUAACAACGAAUUGAUCCCAUCGUUGUUCAGCGUGUUGUACUAUUUGCAACAGCGAAAUUACAAGCUAUCAAACGAUUACUAUUUAAAAUUGAGCAUUGGGAACGUUGCGUGGCCAAUUGGGGUUAUUCAGGUAGGAAUCCAUGCCAGAAGUGCGCAGGGAAAGAUCACUGGGGAGAAGCAGAUAGCCAAUAUAAUGAGCGAUGAGAAGACAAGAAAGUGGAUAACGUCCAUCAAAAGACUCAUCACCUUUGCUGAAAAGCGAUUCCCAACAGAAGAACGACCCUGAGGAGAACGACCCUGGGGAGAAUCGAACCGCGGUUUGAGCGCUUUGGUUUCCCACAGAGCUGUUCCCAAUCUGGCAAUUCACUAGGGCUUCAUAAAAAGCCCUAUUUAUAAACACGUUUUUGAUAUAUACACACUCACGUGAUCUGAUUAUAUUUUUCAAGCCGCAGUUUUGGAGUAAUUUUUUCAAACCACCAUCUAAG